AUGGUUAGGUUUUUCAAAACGACUCACACAUAUGAGCACACUUGGGAGGACGUUUCGUAUGCGUUUUUACGCAAGUAUCCCAACCCUAUGAGCUCUCACGUGCUUGGGUGUGAUGUUAUAGAACGUAGUGUAGACGCAGAGGGCCGAUUAGUUAGCCAACGGCUGUUGGAAAAAACUAAUAAUAAGCCUAAGUUGGCAGAAUUAUUUUUAGGAAAAGACAAGUCAAACGGGUUCGUAUUAGAAGACUCAGUUAUUGACUUGAAGAAACAAAGCAUGCGAACGGUAACUCGGAACCUCACCUAUGCUCGUAUAUUGUUUGUGGAGGAGAGCUGCGAGUAUACUG